AAAGAAACAAGAUGGUGGACGAAGCGACAAAGAAGACUUUGGCAGCUAUUCCUUUGCUAAAAACCAAGGCAGGACCACGAGAUGGCAACGAUUGGGUCAACAGAUUAAAGGAGGAGUAUACAUCUCUCAUUAAAUAUGUGAGUAAUAACAAAGAAGCUGACAACGACUGGUUUCGUUUAGAGUCCAACAAAGAGGGCACAAGAUGGUUUGGUAAAUGUUGGUACAUACACAAUCUUUUAAAAUAUGAAUUUGAUGUUGAGUUUGACAUUCCUAUCACAUAUCCAGCCACAGCUCCUGAAAUAGCUUUACCAGAGUUGGAUGGGAAGACUGCAAAAAUGUAUAGGGGAGGUAAAAUAUGCAUGACAGAUCACUUUAAGCCCCUGUGGGGAAGGAAUGUUCCUAGAUUUGGAAUUGCACAUGCCAUGGCAUUAGGGCUUGGUCCCUGGUUGGCUGUGGAAAUACCUGAUCUGAUAGAGAAAGGACUAAUAACACACAAAGAUAAAUCCACUGCAAGCAAUUAAAAAUGUUGAAUCAUAAAAAAAUGCAAUGUAAUAAAUGUAAUAGGGUAAGAAUAAAUUACAAAUAAAUCUCAUAAUACUUACGUUCUGGGUUAAAUCUUGGUGAUGACUUAGUAGUGAGACGUAGAUGUCAACGCUAAGAUCCAAGAGAAAACGAUAUUCGUGGAGACGACCACAUGACUCAAAAUCCCUUGAAUCAUUAAAAAUGAUGAAACAGCUGCCAUUUUGGUUGAUCUAACAAGAGAAGCUAAUGAGGAAGAAUGAGAAAUGCUUUGUUAUUCUCAACCAACAUUGCGGCUAUGACAUAACAUGCACGUUGAUCAUUGCUCCAUCUGAUUUGAAAUAGCAUCGUAGAAAUGAUGUCACUGCAAAUCUUAGGUGUCAUGAAGCCUUCAUUAAUUAUUAACCAGAGAAAAAUAAAAACCUGUCCACCAUUGCAAUAAAAACAUAAAACUCA